GUCAUAACCCGGUUUCAAUUCUAUUUUCAGCUAGUUCUGCUCUUGGUUGGUAUAACCAGCCCUUGCUUUCCGCCUUGCACGAAGACAAAUUGCCCAGACUCCAUCUCUGACCCGAAGCAGGAGACUAGUGUCUAGUCUGACGCUGCCAAUUAUAACAAAUUGCCGUAAAGAUCCUAUCACCUCUGAGCCAAGUAUGGCCUCAUCGUCCGAUCCGUCUGUCCGUGAGCCUGUUGUUAGAAAGCAAAACAAUGGCCCCGCUUUCAAGUUCUUAGUUCCUCUCGUCUACGCCCCGAUUCUUCCUCUCAUUCGAAUCUCGCUGCGUAGAAAUCCAGUUUUAAGGGAUCGUUUGUUUACUGCUGUUUUGGCUGGUGCUUUUGCCCAUGGCUGUUACCUGGUAACAGAUUUAUAUGACAUCGAGAGCAAGUGAUUUUGCUUCUGGUUCAAGAGGUCUGGUUUGCUGCUUCACUCUACUUCAUUUAUUGGUUAUUGAAUCAAAUAGUGACUUGGUAUUUUUCUUACAAAAGAAUUAGCUAUACCAAAAUUUGAGUUUGUAGUCUUAUCAAUUUUGUUAUGGAAUUUUGAUUGCACCUUAUACCCAUUUGUCGGUGCUAAAAGUUUUAGGAUUGCAUUUUACACCUGUAGUUUUUGAGAGAAAUAAAUACCAGACAUGGAAGUUACUUUUGUUUAAGUGUAAAUGCCAUAUUAGAAAGAUAAAAAAAAGUCGUCAUUGAGUUUUUGACUUCGGAGCUUUGAACUAUGAUGUCAGAAGUACUGUUUCUACACCCAGUUAUUGAAGUUAAGUUUCCUGUACUGGGCUUCAAAUGAAUGGUUGAUAUUAUGUUUA